CACAGAGAGAGAUCCUACAACACAGAACCUUUCCGUCCCUGCACUUCAAAAACAACAAAACGAACAGACAGAAUGGAAUACUACAAGUUUGCCCUGCUGGUGGUUUUCCUAUCCUACAUUGAACGCUGCUGGUCUGCUUCAUGCACCGUGGACAGUUUCACAGUCAAGGACAACUUUGAUCCUAAACGAUAUGCAGGCAAAUGGUACGCUCAGCAGAAAAAAGAUCCGGAGGGGCUGUUCCUUCAGGACAACAUCUCUGCUGAAUACAACAUUGAGGACGAUGGCACCAUGACUGCCUCUUCCAAGGGUCGUGUAACUCUUUUCGGGUUCUGGGUUGUGUGUGCUGAUAUGGCGGCCCAGUACAGCGUGCCUGAUCCCGGCACCCCUGGAAAGAUGUUCAUGAACUACCAGGGCCUGGCUAGCUAUCUGUCCAGUGGAGGUGACAACUACUGGGUCAUUGACACCGAUUAUGACAACUACGCCAUCACCUAUGCUUGCCGCACCCUGAAGGACGACGGCACAUGCGAUGACGGCUAUGCUCUCAUAUUUUCACGCAACCCCCGUGGCCUGCCCCCCGCAAUCCAGCGCAUCGUGCGCCAGAAACAGGAUGAGAUCUGCAUGGCUGGUCAGUUCCAGCCCGUGCUUCAGUCUGGUGCUUGCUAAUGCUUUCGAGCAAAUGAAGAGGGAAUACUUUAGUGUACCAUCAAUGGACGAGGCAUUUGGGUCAUUUCAUUUCACUGCUGUAGAGAUUCAAGGAACAAUGUGUGCAUACAGGAAAGACCAUGUGAAGAUUUUUAUCUCUCAAGGGAAUGUGUUGUGGUGUUGGAGUGGUGAGUCUGUGACAAUAAAUAUUUUUAAACAAAA